CCUCUGUCCCUGUUUGCUGUCCAGUUCCUGAAUGCGGUGGGAGAUCUGCUGGACCUGAUUCCAGCCCUGGUCCCUGGCACUGAGCCUCCUCUCGGACAUUUCAAAUUACCCGGAAUGGGCCACUGCUCUGCCCUCAUUAAGAUGCUCCCUGGGUUUGAGAACCUGCUGUUUUCCCACUCUAGCUGGUAUACAUACGCUGCCACCAUGCGCAUCUACAAGCACUGGGACUUCCACCUCAGUGAGCCCCACACUGCCACGGGCAAGCUGUCCUUCAGCAGCUACCCAGGCUUCCUGGUGUCUCUGGAUGACUUCUACCUCCUGGGCAGUGGCCUGAUGAUGACCCAGACCACCAACAACAUCUUCAACAAGUCCCUCUUCUCCCAGGUCACGCCCCACAGCCUGCUGGCCUGGCAGAGGGUGCGUCUGGCCCACACCCUGUCAUACACUGGGGAGCAGUGGGCCAAUACCUUCUCCAGAUACAACUCUGGCACCUAUAACAACCAGUACAUGAUAGUGGACAUGAGAAAAGUGACCCUGGGCCACAGUAUAGAGGAUGGGGCUCUGACAGUGGUGGAGCAGAUUCCUGGCCUGGUAGAGUUCUCUGACCAAACUCGGGCCCUGCGCAGGGGUUACUGGCCCUCGUAUAACGUGCCUUUCCACCCAAAGAUCUACACCCUGAGUGGCUAUGGGAAGAUGUGGGAGAAGUACGGGGAGGACUUCUCCUAUGACCUCUGCCCCCGGGCCAAGAUAUUUCGUCGGGACCAGGCUGAGGUUAAGGACCUGGACUCCCUCAAACACAUCAUGAGAUACAACGACUACAAAAAUGACCCCUACUCCAAGGGUGACCCAUGCAAGUCCAUCUGUUGCCGUAUUGCCUAUGACCUGAGAGAGAAAACCCCAAGCCCAGGAGGAUGCUAA